ACAGCGCCGGCGCGGUCCACCGGGGUACAGCGGGCGCAGCCGGGUGCCGCCCAUCAGCCCCCGUCCUCCAGAUCUCAGGUGCGGUGGUCGACCGGGCAGUGCACUGUGCUUGGAGCGAUCAGUGAUCUCAGGCAGUGGGUGAGACCGGUCGGAAGCUGUGAUCUCGAGCUUGGUGUUGUUCUGGAGGCCCGGCGGAGCCCGAGCUGAGCACCGUGCUGGGACAGGGAGGUGAACCGUCUCGGAGAAGUGCGACAGGUGCAGCCAAUAACUGCCCUGCUGGGCCGCGCGAGUAGACUACUCCAGAAGCUGCCACCUUCAGUGCCACCUCUACCUGCGACGGUCUGUCCAAGGGGCCGCCGCAGGUCACCUUCCCGGGAACGCGCCUACGGGACCGUCUGCCGGGGGGUCAGCAGCGACCCGACCGGGACCGCACGCCUAGGGGACCGUCUGCCGGGGGUCACCAGCGACCUGACCGGGUGAUGGAGCUGACCAGCCUCCGGCGGCACACCACCUCCGGCCUCGUCAGCUCCCGAUCGACUCUGUCCACUCAGUCGGUCGCCGGCCGGCCCCCCAGUCAAAGCGGCUCGCUGUGCUCUCCCGUCAGUUGGGACGGCUCGCGUCUCUCUCCGGCUCCGGGGAGCAUCAGUCGCCGGUCAGACGGGCUCCCGUCGCCGCUCACCAGCCCCGGGAGCUGCGCGUCGGCUCCCGGCUCCGGUCACAGCGCGGCUCCCGGCUCCGCUCCCGGCUCCGCUCCCGGCCUGCUUCGGCAACAUUCGGUGAGUCUUAGUUCGGUGGUUAUCUCGAGCUAGUUUCCUGUUUAUUUGUUACCCUUUUUGUACUCUGAUUGAUGUGCUAUAGACUCAUAGCUCCUACACUGGAUACAUCCAACACAUUCGACGGCACCUGCUACCUCAGCAUGGUUCCACCGCAGCACUAAACCGUUCAAUCCCGGCUCCUUCCAGGUCUUGCGUUGUCCUCAGAACGAGUCGUUCUGACAGUGACUGUGGCACACUGUACCACCGGCUCACCCUCGUGGCUGCAUGGUCAUGGUGCCGUGAUCCCGCACCCGUGCCCGUCCUGUGUGCGUCCGACACGGGUCCACCGCUGUUGACGCUCCCUGACCUGUUACAGGCACCGGCCGAGCCCCGGCCCAGGCCGCCGGUGGGCCGGCUCGCCCGUCUCGGUUCCGGGCCCACGCCUAGCGGCCCUUUUAAGCGGCCCGUCAGACAGAGGUUCGGUUCUUUGGGUAGAGGUCCGCACGCUGCGCCACCGAGGGACUAUGACCCCUGGUCGGCUCAGGUGGCGCCACCUGCAGAGGGCGCCGGCAGGUACCAGGGGGCGCCACCGAGGCCGCAGGGGCCGGGACAGGCGCCGCGGCGGUCCCGCUCACCUUCCGUCGGUGACUCAGGUGGCAGCCGAGCUGAGCGCACCUCUGAGCAGAGGGUGCUCUGCGACUCUGUCAGCAGAGGGCGGGCGGAGGCCGGGUCCGGCCGGCGGCUCAACCUGUCCUACUCGGCUCGGGUGGCCGAGCGGCGCCGCCCGCGCUGCUCCGGUCACACCCUCAGUCAGAGCACCGACCUGGCCCAGGAGGAGGUGACACUGAAUAUCGCAGCGCAGGCCAACUCGCGGUGCCGGGUACAGAGAACGGAGACGUCCUUCUCGGACAAAGGUGACCUGUAUGUGAUGAGGAAAAGGGUCGACGUGGCAGAAAACUGCUCAAUCACUACAGUCAGGGACGAAAUUCUGACCAGCAAAAGUCAGAAUUUUACUUGCUUUGGAGGGACUGACAUAACCAAAGCAGAACGGCUUUCUAAAACAAAAACCAGACCCGAUCAUUACUAUUUGGACAGAAGAGAUAAAAACAAAAACCAUAUCCGUGAAAAGCGGGUAACACACAGUGAAGAGGUCAACCCAGAAGGUCUGAAUAUGUUUCCGUCAGACGCGAGAAGCUCUGAUGAAAAGUCGCUACUCAAAAGAGGAUACGAUUCGUUCUCAGAAGAUCGUGCAAUGAAAAGAUCGCGCCAGUCCGUGGUGUCGUGGAACUCUCCAGAUCAAUCUGUUCACUCUCCGGGCAUUUUGGAGAGCUUCUCAGAAGCAAACCAUUAUAAAACAUCCAAUGUUUGGAGCGCGCAGCAGCACUGGCGACCUUCUCAAAGGAGCUCACGGCUCACCAGCCAGAGCUCUGACUACCGACAGAGAGAGGAGAGGAUCCGGGACCGGCCGAUGUCUGCCGUGCCGCCCCCGCGCUGGCUGCAGCACCCGCCGCCCGGCUGCCGGGGACACCCCUGGAGGUAUGGGUCCGCGGCGUCCGGUGACGGCGGCCGGCGGCGGCCUCCGCUGCUGCCGACACCGCCCCGCGGCCGGCGCCGCCCGGGGCCGGCCGGCUCCCCAGCCGUCACCACCACCACCCGGCUGGGUGAGACGCCGCCCACCCCCGAAUCGGCCGGCGCGGCCGGCCCGCUCGGCCUGCUCUGGGCCGCCGAGAUGCCGCUGCUCCCGCAGCUGCUGGAGCCGCUCUCACCAAUGUCUCCGCUCUCCGUGUCUCCGCCGCUGUCUCCCGAGCUUCCGCUGUCUCCCUUGUCUCCCCUGAGCUCGCCCAGGUCACCGCCCUCCGCUCGGCGGCAGAAAAUACCAGAGGGAGACUUUUACCUAGGACCGCCCGAACCGAUCACCACGUGCAACCCCCGAUCGAGUCGCCACCGCUCACGUCUCACCACUGAUAGGCUGAGCGACUCCGACACCGACUCCGACUCCGACUCCGACUCCGACUCCGACUCCGCCGACGGCCAGACCACGCGGUGGGCUGGGGCUCGGAGACGGGAUACGCACAGGGACCGGCUCAACUCGGCCAGCACGGCGAGCGGGGACAGCUCGGCUGCUCCGAGAGCCGAGCGGCAGCGGCGCGGCGCUGCCCGACCGGCCCGAGCCGCGGUCGGCUCGUGCCCGAGCGGCGCUGCCUGGCCGGCCGGGCGGCGGCCCAGCGACGCUGCCGCCCCCGCCGAUCGAUUCGACCGGCGGCGCUCGAGUGGCGAUCGAUGUGCCGAGUGCUCCGCCGGCGGACACUCCCAGCGGCCGCCGGCCCGUCCUCCGGCGGCCGACAGCCGGCACUCGGCACCCGACCGUCACCCAAACACCAGUGACCCCAGGUCACCCCAGACCCAGCCGCGGCCGGGCCGUCCCGGUCGGCCGGGCCGCGGCCGGGGGACCGACGAGCCGCCAGCCGACCUGGCGACCACCUGUGGCCGCCCGGAGCCCACCGACGCUGCCGACGCCGACGGCCGGCCCAGCUCGCCCGACGGGAGAGCAGGCUCGCCCGGCGAGCCGGCGCCGCGCGACCUCACCAUCUUCACCUCGGAGUACCUGUCGGAGCUGCUGCAGCUCCAGCGCCGGAUCAUGACGUCACGCGACAGCGAGGAGAUGGCGCGCGUGCUGGAGCUGCUCUGGGGAACGGGGCAGGUGCAGGACUCGGCCCUCUACUACGACUUCGACCUGUGCGCACUGGACCAGGGAGUGGUUCGCCAGCUACAGAAAUGCCUCAGCUAGUUAAUUAGGACGUGGUUCGCCAGCUACAGAAAAGUCGCACCUAGUUAACCACGGUGGGACGCUAUCUACAGAAAUGCCUCAGCUAGUUAACCAGUGGUGCACACCGAAUCAGUUGAUGACAUCUCAAACGUACUUUUUAAAUUCUGGUAGAUGUGAGUCAUAUUGGCUGGAGCAGCCGUCAACAGAGGCGAUCCAGCACCGAUGACGCGCUUAUUUCGCACAUCUUAGUCGACCGACUGUCAUUUCAGGUGGGGGCACAUCUUCCCUUAUUGCUGAUAUCGCAGUACAAUCACCGAAUCAGUCGUCGUGUCAUUCGGGGCGACAACCUCAUGAGUUUUAUUGGAUAUGGGCUGAUAUUUUCUCGGUUGCAUAUAUUUUGAACGCGCUCUUUCGGGGAAAAACAAAAGCUCAAACUGUCACUGGCCCCUCUCAUGGGCCAGUGAAAGAUAUUGAAAGAUAUUAAGCCAGGCAUUUAUCACACCUUUGAUUAUAUUAGUGCUACAGCUAAAAUACGAAUGUGUGAAGCAUACAGUAUAACAGUACAUUCAUAAAAAAACAGAAGACAAAAAAAAUGAAGCACAAAAACAGCACAGAUGCUGGUACAAAAAUAUAAUUCGUGGGUAAUAGUAUGUAGAUUGCGAAGGCUUUUAGCAAGGGUUUAGAGCUGUAAACCAUAAAACAAUAAUAACGGCGAACCUUCACGCGGCUCAUAUUGGUCAUGUUUCAAGGGAAAUCAGCCUCACCGUCCCCGUGCCGGCCAGCCGGAGAGCUAAUGGAUACUUGCCACAAAGUAUCGCACUCCCGGUGCAUUGUUGAGAGCCGGGGUUCAGGUCGCUCCAGUGCCUACUGGCAUGGCUGCUUCCGAGUUGCUCGGGUUGCGACAGCCUGUUGAGUUCAGUGAGAAGGACGCAGUGUGACGUGUCUAGCUAAUCUCCCGAUACAGAACGAAUGCCCGAUCGAAUGCCCCUAUCUACUUAGGCCGAGAGCUGCUAGACCUGCCUAGUGCGGUGUCUGAGUUCUGGCAAUUCGUUCGAGAUUUACAGAUAUUACUAAUUAUGUCGGGAAGAAUAUUGUGCAGAGGUUGGAGUACUCUAGGAGUUUUGGAACGGAAAUGAUCCUCAGGGAACACCUGCAUUGUGUGCUGGUGAGGCCAUUUUUCACCAUUGUGAUCAAUUAGCCAGUGAGCUGUGAAUUAAUGUUCAAAUACAAACCUUACAAGCCUU